CUCUACAAAAAUUUGGCCCAUAAAUCCAUCUUCUCAUUCACUCAGAAAACAAAGAAAGACAUUCUACAUUACCAAUUACCACACUAAAAUUAAAAUUUAAAAUUUAUAAUUUAAAAUGGCCUCCUCCCUUGGUCUCCCCCUUGUCGUCAUAGUAGCUGCAGCACUCGCCUGCAGCCAAUGUUUAGGUCAGUCCCCAACGGCCCCUGGUCCUGCACCAGCGGGCCCUGUAAACCUUACUGCUAUCCUAGAAAAGGCAGGGCAGUAUACAACAUUCAUGCGGCUUCUGACCUCUACCCAGGUAGGCAUCCAGAUAGCCAACCAGGUAAAUACCUCAACAGAAGGCAUGACAGUCUUUGCCCCUACCGACAACGCCUUCCAAAAUCUUAAACCAGGUACGCUCAAUGGUCUUUCAACCCAAGAACAAGUACAACUUAUCCUUUACCAUGUCCUCUCAAAGUUCAACAACUUUGAUAACUUUGAGACUAUCAGUAACCCAGUAAGAACCCAAGCCACAGGCCAAGAUGGUGAGGCUUUCUCGCUUACCAUUGUUUCCAUUGGUAACCGUCAGGUUAAUGUGUCAUCUGGUAUGGUCACUACACAGCUGAACAAUGCCUUGAGAGAAAACUUCCCUUUGGCUGUUUAUCAGGUGGACAAGGUGUUGUUGCCUCCAGCAUUGUUUGGAGCUAAGUCUCCUAAGAGUUCUCCAGCAACUUCUGCAACUAAACCUAAGACCGGUGACUCUAAGUCAGACCAAGCUCAAAGUCCAGCAACUCAUUCAGCUGAUACUGAAGCCCCUGCCAAUGGAGUCUAUGGUUUCAAAACUAUGGGAAUCGGAUUUCUUGCUAUGGUUGGAACUCUUACCACUGCCUUGCUUUUCUAAUUAAGGGUUUAAUAAUCAACUCUACUCUUGUUAAAUUGUUUGAUACGUCUACUUAUUAUUCUUUUUAUUUUUUAUUUUUUGUUUUUGUUUUUGUUUUUGAGUUGGAACAACGUUUCAUUUAUUCAUAUAUCAAUCUUUCAAAUUGACAAUGGUUGCUUUA